AUGUUAUGUCAAUCCGUGUUAGGGACGGUGUGUUUCGAGAGCAAAGACGAGGGCGCGUGCGAGUCCGGGGGACUGAACGUGUCGCGGUGGCACUUCAACGCGGCGCGCAACCGCUGCGAGCGCUUCACCUACCACGGCUGCUCCGGCAACCACAACAACUUCCGCACUAAGGACGAGUGCAACGCCGUCUGUCCCGUGGAGGAGGUAACAUCGAAACUAACAAAAGAGAAGAGUCGAGAAAUCGUUGAUCAAAGCGGAGUAUUGAGUCCUUGUGAGAGACUUCGUGAAAAGAAUGAGGCGGCUACGCAGAAGUACGGCAAGGGUAGUUUCAUCCCCGAGUGCGACGCGGCCGGCGGCUGGCAGCCCGUGCAGUGCAUGGCACAUAUUGACGUGUGUUGGUGUGUGAGCGCACGCGGGGAGCCGCAGAAGGGGUCGCUGGUGCGCGGCGCGCGGCCCGCCUGCAACUUCAGACAAGCGCGCAAGUGGAUGCGCCGCGACCCCGACGACGAGCGCGCCAAAGCUGACGAAG